UUUUCAUGCAUCGGAAUUGAUGACGCCCCUGGUAUCCAGCUAUGGGGUGUUGCUGGCUGCUCCGUCGAUGCCUGGCCCGCAUCCGGCAGGUUGCCGGCCUCCUGUUACGGCUGACUUCCCAACCUUGUGCACUGGAGGAUUCCAUUCGCCGGCGGUUGGUCGAAGCCUGGGUGGCUGCAGAGAGGAGUUCGAUCACCUUCAGCUUGAAACUGCAGAGAGGCACUGGAGACAACCAGGCAGAUUUGAUCGUCUCCUCCCGCGAAAGGGCCCUGGAACCCGCCAAGUUCCAUGGGGCCAGACUCCGAAAGGAGCAUUACCGCAAUGGUGGGGUGGCGCGCUCACGCUUCGUGCUUUGUGAUGAUGAGGACGAAGGGAAACUGCUGGCGGUCUUUGGAUUGUUUGGGCACUUCGCAGAAGGCGCCCCCUUCAUGCAACUGGCCGGGAGCUUUUCGGAGACCAGCGACCUUCUGGAUCGCUGCGAAGAUUGGACCGUGGUCUCCACCCAGCCCGUGUUGAUCGAGGUUCCGGAGGAGGUCCGGCAGGAGGCCGCGCGCAUUGCACGCAUCAAGGCGGAUGAGCUCUGGGGUCUUCAAAUGCUUGGAGACGGCAACAUGCGCAACUUUGUGCUGAGGAGCACCAGCUCCAUUACAGAUCCGAAGGAGCUGCGCAUGAACCUGUACAUAGACAGCUUUGCUGCAUCCACCAAAGCCGCUCAUCUCACAGGUGGCGGUUUGGAGCUGUGCGAUUUGCUUGGGCGGUGCCGAGGCGGGCGCCUCGGUGCGGCAGUUGCCGUGUGGGCAUUGCUUCCAUGGCGACUGCAUCAAGGCUUGGCUCCGGCGCGGGCGGCAGUGUCCGCUGGGCCGCUGUGGUGUGCCUCAGGAAGCCCGGGCAGCUGUGCGCAAGCUCAUGGAGUUUCGCGUGCCUGAAGAAGGUGCGUGGCCGACGCUGCCGCCAGAUGUGGUGAAACAGGACAUCGGAGGCCCACAGCGUGUUGGGCCGCCGGGGCGCUUGCCACACCUGAGGUCCAACUCAGGCUGGAAGCGGUUCCGUGCCAAAGAUUUCAAUGCUGGAAUCCUGGUGCAGCGCCUUUGUUGAACGCCACAGGGCAAGCAAGUACCAGGUGACGGAUGAGGAUGCCGUUGGCUUGACCCCUGCAGCCGUGCAGAGACCCCCCAUGGCUGGCCACCAGGGGGCACGCCAAGCAGGACCUCUCUCUCUCUCUCGCACGCGCUAGUUCUAGAAGAAGCAGUUCGGAGAUGCCGAAGUUGCGUGUUUCUGC